AUGAUCCAUCAGAUGCACUGGCCUGUGGAGGCAUCAGAAGAAGCAGGGAUCAGUGAGGAAUCCACCUGGUCAGUCGGAGCAGCAGCAGCAGUAGUACCUGGUUUCCACAGCAACAGUGAUGCUUGUGCCACCAUGGUAACAAUAGGAAAGCGUUGGCAUCCCGUGUCCAGCAGUGGUAACUGCAGCAGCGGUGACUUCAUCAGACUGAUUCUUGGAGGUCAUUUCUCUGAAGAAAUUACCAGUCAAAGAAUUGAUGUCAGAAUGACUUCAGUUCUAGUGUUCUUUUCUCUUGAUGCAUUAGAGGCAAUUAUUUUCAUCAUGAAGUGUGAUAAAGACUGUCUAAGGUCUUUGCAACGAAGACACGUUUUCGGGGCAGGCUACUUUGUGCUGGAGAAACAAGCAACUCUUCAAAUCUCGGUGGUUUCACACGAUCUAAGGUCUUUGCAACGAAGACACGUUAUCGGGACAGGCUACUUUGUGCUGGAGAAACGAGCAACUCUUCAAAUCUCGGUGGUUUCACACAGGUGCGGGAGGUUGGAGGUGACCAUAAAGGUUUGGGAAAGUCCCCUGGACUGGGAACCAAAGGAAGCUCUUUUCUUUGUGUUAGAAGAAGACAGGGCCUGUGGAAAAUUGAUCAGAGCUAGAACUCUAAAGUGUGGGGUACCUUACAUGAUGCGGCUCAAGAAGAACACAGGCACUUUGAAAACUAUGAGAAAUGUGGCCGCUGUGUCCUUCCAUUCCUACUCAGCAUGUCCAAAUGCGUUAUCAGGUAGACGGAAAAUCAAAAGCAAGGUCUGGAAGCAGAAGUAUAUUUUACAUGUUGGAGUAAUGGCAGCUGACCAGUGUGCCUGGAAUGGAGAAGAGAUGUACUGUACAGUUGUGGGGCGCGGGUGCGGGCCGAGCUGGGGGGAUCGCGAGGGCUCCUCCAGGCGGGAAGGACGCUGGGCGGAUCUCGAGCGGGAGAAAAAUCUGCCCCGGGAAGGGCGAAGCAGGAGGGCUGCCUGCUACGACCCAGAGCCGGGCCCAUGUGGCCGGAAUGCCGCCUUCCUAGAAUGCUGGCCUUUGUACCUCCCCCUUUCUAAGUUUCUUGGUGCAGGGGUGAAGGGUCUGUUCUACUUUGCAGUGGGAACAGCUGGUUCUUGGGCAGCGCUGCAUGUCAGCGCGCUGCGCUGCGGCGCACUGGGAAUACUUUUCAAUUGCAGAUUUAGUACCUCAAGACAAACUCUUAUGUGGAUUCCAGAUUCUUUUUUUUCCAGUUUGCUGAGUGGAAGAAUUUCAACACUUCGAGAUGAAACUGGUGCUAUAUUUAUUGAUAGAGAUCCAGCGGCAUUUGCGCCUAUUUUAAACUUUCUUCGGACAAAAGAACUCGACUUACGGGGAGUGAGUAUUAAUGUCCUCAGGCAUGAAGCAGAAUUUUAUGGAAUCACUCCGUUAGUAAGAAGGCUUCUCUUGUGUGAGGAACUGGAGCGCUCGUCUUGUGGCAGUGUCCUCUUCCAUGGUUACUUGCCUCCACCAGGUAUUCCUGGUCGUAAAAUAAACAACACAGCCAGAUCUGCUGCUGAUUCUAGGAAUGGACUAACUUCCACAGAAGGUGAAGCCCGAGGAAAUGGUACGCAGCCUGUUCUCUCUGGAACUGGAGAAGAGACUGUUAAGCUGGGAUUUCCUGUGGAUCCACGGAAGGUGCUAAUAGUAGCUGGCCAUCACAACUGGAUUGUAGCUGCAUAUGCCCAUUUUGCUGUGUGUUACAGAAUCAAAGAGUCUUCAGGAUGGCAACAAGUGUUUACGAGCCCAUAUUUGGACUGGACUAUUGAACGGGUAGCUUUAAAUGCUAAAGUGGUUGGAGGUCCUCAUGGAGACAAAGACAAAAUGGUUGCUGUCGCCUCAGAGAGUAGCAUCAUCCUGUGGAGUGUUCAAGAUGGAGGAAGCGGAACUGAAAUUGGAGUGUUCAGCCUUGGCGUUCCUGUGGAUGCUCUCUUCUUUAUUGGUAACCAGUUGGUGGCUACGAGCCAUACAGGGAAAGUGGGAGUGUGGAAUGCUGUCACUCAGCACUGGCAGGUUCAAGAUGUUGUUCCUAUAACUAGUUAUGACACUGCUGGGUCAUUCCUUCUACUGGGAUGUAACAAUGGAUCAAUAUACUACAUAGAUAUGCAGAAGUUCCCUUUGCGAAUGAAGGAUAAUGAUCUUCUUGUAACGGAACUUUAUCAUGAUCCUUCUAACGAUGCUAUUACUGCUCUGAGUGUUUACCUCACGCCCAAAACAAGUGUCAGUGGUAACUGGAUUGAGAUUGCCUAUGGUACGAGUUCCGGAGCAGUACGAGUGAUUGUGCAGCACCCAGAGACUGUGGGGUCUGGGCCUCAGCUUUUUCAGACUUUCACAGUUCACCGAAGUCCUGUUACAAAAAUCAUGCUUUCAGAGAAGCAUCUUGUAUCAGUCUGUGCAGAUAAUAAUCAUGUCCGGACGUGGACAGUAACACGAUUCAGAGGAAUGAUCUCUACUCAGCCGGGUUCUACGCCAUUAGCGUCAUUUAAGAUACUGUCUCUGGAGGAGACAGAAAGUCAUGGUAGCUACUCUUCUGGAAAUGACAUAGGGCCUUUUGGAGAACGAGAUGAUCAACAGGUGUUUAUUCAGAAAGUUGUUCCCAUCACUAACAAACUAUUUGUAAGACUUUCAUCUACUGGAAAAAGAAUAUGUGAGAUCCAAGCUGUUGACUGUACUACAAUAUCCUCAUUUACUGUGAGAGAGUGUGAGGGAUCCAGCAGGAUGGGCUCAAGACCAAGGCGCUACUUGUUUACAGGCCACACGAAUGGCAGCAUUCAAAUGUGGGAUCUCACCACUGCGAUGGACAUGGUCAACAAAAGUGAAGAGAAGGAUGUAGGAGGUCCAACUGAAGAAGAGCUACUCAAAUUACUGGAUCAGUGUGAUCUGAGCACAUCUCGCUGUGCUACUCCCAACAUUAGUCCUGCAACUUCUGUGGUUCAGCAUAGCCGCCUUCGGGAAUCAAGUUCUAGCCUUCAGCUUCAGCACCAUGAAACCAUCCACGAAGCAGCUACUUACGGUUCCAUGCGGCCUUACAGAGAGAGUCCUUUGUUAGCAAGAGCAAGAAGGACUGAGAGCUUCCACAGUUAUAGGGACUUCCAGACUAUCAAUUUGAACAGAAAUGUAGAAAGAGCUGUUCCUGAAAACGGUAACUUGGGCCCAAUACAAGCUGAAAUGAAGGGGGCAACAGGGGAAAGUAAUGUAUCUGAGAGAAAGUCUCCUGGGACAGAAGUAAAAUGUCUGAAAGAAGUGGACAGUGGAUCGGAAGUGCAUAAGAUAGCUGAAGGUUUUUCAGAUCCCAAGAAGAGGUCAUCAGAAGAUGAAAACGAAAAUAAAGUAGAGUUAAGGAAGAAAGGAGGAUUUGAAGGGGGAGGAUUCCUUGGAAGAAAGAAAGUCCCCUACCUGGCAUCAUCACCAAGCACUUCUGAUGGAGGAACCGACUCCCCUGGCACUGCCUCGCCAUCCCCUACGAAGACUACCCCAUCUCCUCGGCAUAAAAAAAGUGACUCUUCAGGUCAAGAGUACAGCUUGUGAAAACUCACCAGAAUGAGUGGUUUUGUUACAGUUAGAUGAAAAUUAAACUUUCCCGGGUUUUAAUACAUUCAUUUUUACACUAAAACUUUACAGGAUAAAAUUAGACUUAAUUUAGUAUCUUUUUAGCAGAAUUACCUGGAAUAAGGAGAUACAAUAACCAUCUCUCUUUUGACAUUUGGAAAUUCGUUUUGGUUUUACAGGUGCAUUUAACAGAUCAUUUGUAAAGCAGGAGUCCAUUUCAGUGUCUAGCUAUUUUGUGUUGAUUUUGGAAAAACAGUACUGUCUCAGGAUGGUCCCAUGUAGAUACAAGCAUCCCUUAGAGCACAGGAACCGGCAGACUGCACUCCUCCUCUUGAUGCCUGAGACUGGUCUUGAAAUGCAGUCUUAAGUGAAUCACAUAAUCCUCUUUGGAACAUGGUCUCCCGACCCUUGUUGUGAUUGCUGAGUGUUUACCAGAUAUUUGAUGAGGUGCUAUGUUUGUGAAAAAAAUAUGUAAUUCAGAAACACUAUUGAUGUUGAAUACCAGAUUCUACUGUGUUGUAAGUCCUGUAAGACAAUUUUAAUUGUGGGCCAUGUUCUGAUUCUGUUGGGAAUUCUUAAAUCUUAGCAAGCAUUACCAAUAUUAAAUGCCAAAAGUCUGUUUAAGCUUUCUUUCAAGUUGGAGUAAUUGUCUGAGUUGAAAAGAUAAAACAAAUAUAGAGUGCUCAGAAACGAAAACUGUACCAAUUGCUAAUCUGCCUUGUUUAAGGAGCCACUGUUUUUUUUUUUUUCCAAGAUAAUUAAAUGUGGCCAUUUUGUUAUACAGAAGGAACUUUAGUUCUGAAAUUUUGGCUAAAGAUUUUGGCUGCUAUAAAAAUGUUAUUUUAAAAAUAUAUUGAAUAAUGAGAAAAAAGAAUUUUGUAAUUUUUUUCCAUUUAAUCAAAAUGAUUUUCAAGUUUCUGCAAAUAGGGUAGCUGUAAAUUUAAAGCAGUGAGCAUUUAUUGGUGAAUAAUGUAUAUAUUCCCAUUCUCAUAAAAGUGAGUGAAGUUGAAAUAAAUUCUUGAAAAUUUACUGUA